CAAAAAUGGAACUGAAUGGGAUUGGAUUUAGUGAAACAGAAAGUGAAAAUCAGAAAGCCAUUAUGCUUGCGAAACUCAGUGCUUUGGAAGCAGAAGCUUAUCAGCUAGCGAAUCACAGUUUCUCUCUCACUUCAACCGAGGAUAUUGCACGGGUUUUGUACAUAGAAUUGAGACUACCUCCCAAUGGAGACCCAGCAUCAGCUCAAACUCUUCAAAACAAAAGAACUCUUGGAACUACUGGUAGAGGGCGCCAUAGAUUACCUAAACAAUUUAGCACUUGCAAGGAUAUUCUUGAAAAGUUGAAAGCAUUUCAUCCACUGCCCGGUGUCAUUCUAGAAUGGAGGAGGAUUAGUUCUGCUAUUACUAAAGUGGUUUAUCCAUUACAGAAAGAGAAGGUGAUGUGUAGAAAAUUGGAGAUGAAUAGGAUUUAUGGAGUAUGCCAUAUUUACACUGCAACAG